UCCCAAAUUAUAUUGGCAAAACCAGCACUGACUCCACAUUUGACAGACCAACAAGCAACGUUAAUGACCUUUGUCUGUCUUCCAAUCAUUACGGAAUAAAUAUAGGGUAAAAGAAUAAACCCCCAUAGUUUUCAGCUCAAGUAAUCCAAAAUCACAAGAACAGUGGUAAGCGUCUCUACAAAUAUAUAUACACACUACAUCAUCAAUGAAUACGUCGCAGUAUAUGGAUAAACAGAUCAUGGAUCUAUCCAAUUCACUGAGCAACAAUGACUUCAUCGACCUUUUGAACUCUCAGGACGACCAUCAUCACAUCAACGGCGGUAUAAAAGGGGAAAAUGUUGUUCCUAGUUACGAAUUCCAUCCGGUUCUCCCAAUCGGUACAUCGCCCCCCAAUUUUAACAUUGAUUCGGGUCAUGUUGUUGGUGCUGGGGCUUGGAAUUCUGCUGAAUCCAAAACUAACACUGUUAGCAUCACAAAUUAUGGUUCUCUUGACUCAAUAGAACCGACCAAAUUCAUUGUGGAGAAAGAUCUGAGCACUAUUGAUGCAUCUUUGUUAUCUGAAAUGGAUUAUACAGUGAAGAAGUAUGCUGAUAAUCUUCUACAUGCAAUAGAGAGUGUGAGUGUUCGACUAUCACAAUUAGAAACUAGAAGUCGCCAGAUUGAAUCUUUUGUUGAGGAACUCAAGUUGUCUGUUGAUAACAUCCAUGGGAACACUGAUGGAAAACUAAGACUGGUGGAAAAUAUUCUGAGAGAGGUGCAAGAUGGUGUACAGGUCAUAGAGAGUAAACAGGAUAUAAUGGAUACUCAACUGCAGCUCGCAAAAUUGCAAGUUCCAAAAUUUGAGCAGGAACUAGACACCCACAAUAGUACACUUGUUGACUCAGCACAUCAUAGGGCAUCUGCUCCUCUUCAAUCUCACCUACAAUUUCCUCCUGCUGCGCUUGCUCAACCGCCUUCCACUCUUCCUCCACCAAAUGCUCCUCCACCCCCUCUGCAACAGAAGCUGCCAUCUCAAGUUCAGCUUCAGGGCCAGUUUCCCCAGAAUCCAAUUCCUUCUGGCACUCAACGAGAAUCUUACUUCCCAUCAACUGGUCAAGCACCAGAAAACUCUAGUCAGCAGUACCAACAAUCUGCACCACAGCAGCAGCUACAGACUUCUAUCCCACCACCUCCACAUCAACAGUAUCAGCCUUCCCCUUCAUCACUGUACUCUCAGUCACCUCCACCUUCUCAAGCUCAUCCGCCUCUUCCAUUGGUUAAUCCCUCACAACCUCAACCUCCAUCGAUCCAUCAUCCUGAGGAGAGACAUUUUAUAGCGUCGCAGACUUAUCCACUAGCAAACACUAGUCAAUCUCCCUCUCAUCCAUCAAGUGGAGCCCCUGCGUCCCAUCAGUUUUUUACAGCACCUCCUAAUCUGUUUGAGCCUCCAUCUAGCAGACAGGGUCCUGGAUUUUCCAGUGCAUAUGGCCCAUCAACUGGACCUGGUGAAUCUUAUCCUUAUAGUGGGUCCACAGUCCAGUAUGACAGUGGUUCCCCGUUGAAAGCACAGCAACUUGCUUCACUUACAAUGGGCCAAAGUGGUGGAAGUGGUUACCCACAGCUUCCCACAGCAAGAAUAUUACCUCAAGCGCUACCUACUGCUUCUGCAGUUAGUAGUGGGUCUAGUUCUCCUCGUACUGGAAAUAGAGUUCCUAUUGAUGAUGUAGUUGAGAAAGUGACAAAUAUGGGUUUUCCAAGAGACCAAGUAAGAGCAACUGUGCGGAGACUGACAGAGAAUGGACAGUCAGUUGAUUUGAAUGUAGUGUUGGACAAAUUGAUGAACAGUAGGUAAGGCCAGCCUCCAUGGGGCUGGUAUGGUAGGUAACAUGUUUCUACUUGUUCAUGUUUCUGUACAGAAGUUUGAGGUACAUAUACCAGAUACGGAAAUAAAGAAAAUCACGGACCAAGUUUGGGAAAAGGAAAAUCUCUGUUGGAUUUAAGCGGCUCUAUUUACUUCUGUCAUAGAACUUCAUUCUUGUGCUUACACUCUGUUUAUUGUUUAUUAAUAUGGCAUUUCCUUA